GGCGAGUUCGAGUUCGGCGACGCGCCGGACUUCCGGCCCAACAUGUCGCCGGCGGAGGUCCUCAAGGCCGGCUCCUUCGGCGGCGGCUACUACCGCGACAUCUCGUCGACCGUCACCGGCGAGACGUACAAGGACGCGUGGAAGGAGCUGCCCCCCGCCUGGCUCGAGGGCGUCGACGUGAAGAAGUACGUGUCGUCCAAGACCUACCGCCCGGAGGUCAACACCUACGGCGUCAACUGCGGCGUCAAGGUCGACAAGUCGGACUCGUUCGGUCUGAAGGCGUGGGAGAACUCGGGCUGGAUGGACGCGCAGGACCCCUACGGCUGGUUCCAGUGGUAUUGCCGCUUCUUCCAGGGCCGCCGCUCCGACGACGACGAGCGCCAGCUGUCGCGCUGGCACAAGUGCUGCGGCGCGCGCGGCCGCUGGAAGAGCAACCUGAUCGCGAAGGUGUUACGGGCCGACAAGUCAUUCGACGACGCGUCGGUGUCGCCCGUCGUGCGCCAGACGUUGCAGCACUGGGGCUUCCGGCUCACUAAGGCCCACUUCGAGGCCGGCGCGAAGCGCGUGAAG